AUGUCCCUCUACGACCCGCUCUACUACCACAAGCGCGCUGCAAAGCUCGCGGAGGCCAAGUUGGUGGCUGAAGAUGGCCUCAUGCGAAAGCCACGCCCGACGGCGGCCGCGAACCAAGGUUCGCGUGCAACCGCGUUCGGGCGCAGCACGACCCCGACGGUUGUCCCCCAGCAUGCGACGGCAGCUGUCCCGGUGACUGUCGCUCGCGCAGUCGAGUGUGCGACUGACGAUUCGGUCGACGCCAACGCCCGCCACGACGGCGGUGCAACCUCUGACGGCAAGCAGCCGCAGCUCGACCACCGCCGCGCAGCGUCGCACACCGGUGACGAGCGUCGCGACUGCUUAGUCAAGUUCUACGACGAAUGCCACGCCGAUCAGCGCGGCAUCGACGGCCACGACUGAGGCGAUCCUCGGUCAGCUGCGUUCGGAAGUCGCAACUCUCCAAGCGCAGGUCGUCAUC